ACUCAAUUUGUCCCAGAAUGUAAUCCAAGGCUGGCCAAUGAGAGGGACACCAACACUCGAAGACACACACCACCGCGGAUGCUAAUCCGCUCGUGGCAUGGAACUCAGACGCAAACAUAAGAAGGCCUUGCGUGCUUAAAGAGUCGUUUGUAUGUUUGUAUUGUCCACGAAUAGGAACGCUUCCAAUCCAACAGCAUGCGCUCUUGACCUGCUCGCUCUGCUUAUCAAGCCGGCCCUUUGUCCGAACACCACCCCUCAGACCCCGCCACUGUUCAUGUGUCCGAAAGAAAAAGCGGGUUAUGGAAGCAUCAUACUACAGGAGGAUUCCUGCUGGAUUCAUUUCAUUGUCGUUGGUAGCUUGGAUGCAUUCAUAGGGCAGGUUACGAAAGCGUUAUCCGGUAAGGACCUUCUGCCUCAUUUCAUUGUUUCUCGAAGGAACGGAUUUUUACGUAAAGCGUGUGUGAGGCCAAUGCUUAUGUGGAAACUUGAGUUCUCGGAACUGCCUUGCCUGUCUCCAAUCGUGAGUGUAUCAGCACAAAUGACAUUUGAUUUAUCGCACUCCAUGCUUUUAAUAGAAUACUGGACCUAGAAGUACAUGUGCUCGCUAAAUCGCUGUCCUUGUCCUGCAUCUCAUCUUUGCCCACGCUGUAGAUGCAAUAGCGAACAAUGCCGGAGUACCUCCAUUGGAUAAAUGGGCCCGUCCUGUG